AUGUAUAAAUUUUGUAAAUAGAUAGUUAAAAUAAACCAUGUUCCAGCCAUUCUAAAUAAAAACAUUAAUAAUGAUUUAGCUUUUAAAAAAGAAUUUGAACUCAACUCUGAAAUUAUUAUUCUAAAUCAAAGAAUAUAAAAUAGAGAUAAUCAUACAGAUCUAUUUUCAUCAAUAUUUGGAGGAAUUAUUAUAACAAUUGGUGUCUAUGCAAUCUAUGAAGUUUAUUUUAGCAAAUCUGAAUAAUAAUUAAAGAAAUUUAAACUUAGUGCUAAAUGUUACUACUAAUGUAAGUAUCUUUAUUUCAAGAUAUAGCCUUUUAUUAAAGAGAUUUGACAUACAUUUUGAAUUACAUAAGUGAAAUGAAAUCUAUCCAAAUUAGAAAUACAGGUUUCAUGAUUUAUUUACUUAGUACCUUAAAACAUUAAGUUAAUAAAAAUAAUUAUGAUAAUCUAUGUACCAUCUAUGAAGAAGUUGCUAAGAUAUUAUUUAGUCAUGAAAUUUAUCUUAAGAUGUAUGCUUAAAAAUAUUCUAAAUUAUUUGCAAAUAUUCUUGAUUAUGCUAUUGCAAACGAUUUAUAACUUAAAGAACAAUUAUUACUUCCAUCCCUUAUUGCUUAUACUAAAUCAUAAGACAUUUUAAUCGAAAUAUAAUCUCUAUAUAUUCUGACAAAAUAUAAAUUGUAAGAUUCCUAAUAGACAUACGAAUUUUCUAAUUCAUUUCAAAAAGAUAUAUAAUUAGAAUAUGUCAAUACAACUGAAUUAUUUGAUGCAUUAAAAAUAAAUCGAAGUAUAGAAGAUUACGAUUAAUUUAAGAAAAUUUAUGAUAAUUCUUUAUAAACUGAGAAACAUAAACUAUUAAAAUAAGCAGCUAAAAAAUAAAAUAUUUUGUUAUGA